AUGCUAUCUCUACUUCACUCUGUGCUUCUGGCAUUCGCCGGUAUUGCUGCUGCUGGCUCACUCGAACCCACCGCAACUCAAAGCGAAUGCACAACAACGAUAACGGUUCUUGAUCCCGGCUUCACUGGCGACUACCAGCCAACGAGCACCAUCACAAUCUACAACCAGACAGUUACAAUUGGAAAGCCUACAGACUGCCACGGCUGCAACCACGUCACCACUACCGUGGAGCCGGCGCCUUGGUGGGGUGGGAUCGGCCCGGAGAUCCAGAAGGUUAUCUACGUCCACGCAACGACACCAACUACGAUCACGUCACCCGUCUGUGCGACAUCAACACCGUCCUCCACGAGUGCCCCAUAG